GCACGGAGCGCACGGAGCGAGCAUUCCCGAGAGCCCCUGGCGACGCCGCCCCACGCCGGGGAUGUGCCGAUCUGCCGAGCGCAGCGAGUCGGGUAGUCACCAGAUUUGAGGAGCGAAUGACAUUCGGGCCCAAUGCGGAAUUUGGCCAAUUGUCGCUCCACUCUUUCUUAUCCCCCCCACGCUUGCAGCGUCCAGACUCCCGCCCCAACAACCAGGUCCACCACCCACAGCUCUGCUCCGUCGAGAUAAAACUCCCACGUCCAAUGCUCCGUCUGGCUCCUCGCUCUCUCCGCUCUCUCCGCUCUCUCCGCUCUCUCCGCUCUCCCCUCCUCGCCAGGCAGCACUCGUCCUGCACCACGCCCAAGCCCAAGAGCCCCACGCCCUCUCUCAAACGCGACAUCACGUCCCCCGCCAUGGCCGACUACCUCGAGCAGAGCCACGACCGGAUCUUCGCGGCGAACCGCCAGUGGGCCGAGGAGCAGAUCGCGCGCGACCCGCACUUCUUCUCCAAGCUCUCGGCGGGCCAGACCCCCGAGUACCUCUGGAUCGGGUGCAGCGACUCGCGCAUGCCCGCCGAGACGAUCACGGGCAUGCAGCCCGGCGAGGCGUUCAUCCACCGCAACAUCGCCAACCUCGUCAACAACAUCGAUCUCAACGUCAUGUCCGUGAUCAACUACGCCGUGCGCCACCUCCACGUCAAGCACGUCAUCGUGUGCGGCCACUACGGGUGCGGCGGCGUCCAGGCCGCCAUGACGGCCAAGGACCUGGGCAUCCUCAACCCGUGGCUGCGUAACAUCCGCGACGUGUACCGCAUCCACGAGGCCGAGCUGGACAGCAUCACCGACAGCGCGGCGCGCUACGACCGCCUCGUCGAGCUCAAUGUCCUUGAGCAGUGCAGAAACGUCAUCAAGACCGCUGCCCUCCAGCAGAACUACGCCGAGAACGGAUACCCUAUUGUGCACGGCUGGGUGUUCGACUUCCGCACGGGCCACCUCAAGGACCUCAAGAUCGACUUUGCCGCGAUCCUCAAGGACAUCCAGAAGAUAUACAACCUUACCGAGUGAGCGCGUCUUGCGCCCCGUGCGAAGCGAGGGCUCUGUGAGUCGGAGCGGGGCGAGGGAUCAGCGAGCCUUGGCCGGCCUACGGCCAGCCUGGGCGAGCGGGAGGCCAAGUGAGGCGAGCGAAGCGAGGCGGAAGGCAUAGCAUGAGGGAGGGGUACAGUGGUACUCGGAAGACGUCGGGAGACAGGGAGCCAGCUGGCGCGCUACAUCGCGACCAGUUGCGGAAGUCAAGUGCAUGUGGAAGCAGGCGGUGGGGCGCGCGAGCGGGCGACAUGGCAUAAGCCGUUCUCGAACGCUGGCGCGCCCAGAUUUGUAUAGACAUGCAUGUGCAUAGAUAGUACCGG